ACAUAUAUUUGAAUUCAAAGUUCAUUGUAACUCUGAUUAUUGGAAUUAUUUAAAUCAUGACCUAAUUUAAAAAUAAAAUAAACGUUCUCAUUGGAAAACAAUUCAAUGAGAGUAAUGCAAAAACAUCAAGCUUAGUCUGGUUGUGUUCUUUGUAAAUAAAGCAAUGAAGCAUCCGCUCUUGUUUUGCGUCCUUGGAGCGGUGAUAAGCAGUGUGUUCGCUGCCGAACCACCAACCUGUGACUACGAACACGACAUUAGGACUUAUUUCUGCAAACGCAUCCGAGACGUAUUUCCUAACAUUUUUUACGGAAAUUAUCACCUACAAUGUGAGCAAUGCAACAUCCGGAUUUUUUCCAACAAGACUUUUCCCUUCAGCAACAGUCUUGUCUCAUUCAACGUUUCGGAAAGUGCUAUCAGAGUCAUCACCAACAAGGCUUUCUCCUCCUUAUCAAACAUCCAAUACAUUUACUUACAAAACAACAUUAUUGAAGACAUUGCGCCGGGGGCUUUCGCAGGGCUUCGUCAAGUCUAUGAAGUCCAUUUAGAAAAUAAUAACAUCGGUGAAAUUUUUCCGGGGUUUUUGGACGACUUAGAAGCAAACACCGUUGAUUUGAAGAACAACAAGAUCAAGCUUUUACCAAGUGGAGCCUUCGAGGGCUCUUUGGGAGUUCUCAUACUUGACUUGUCGAAGAAUCGCAUCAAGACCAUCGAUCCUGACGCAUUUCUGGGUUUGGAAAGUUUGGAAGUGUUAAAUUUAGAAAGCAAUGAGAUUUGUCAUCUGACUUGUGGUGUGUUUAAAGACUUAUCAACUCUUAGACAAUUGAACUUAGCUGAUAAUAAGUUGUCCAAGUUUACGAUUGGAACCUUUUCUGGUUUGGCACAUUUAACAAGUUUGAAUUUGGCGAAUAAUACAAUUUCUGUCUUCGACGGCAAUAUUCUAAUUCCGUUCAACCAUUUAUCUAAGUUGGAUGUGAGCCGUAACGGAAUUUAUUAUUUUGAUGCUAACUCUGUUCAUGUGAACGUGCCGACAUUAAGGGUUUUGCGGAUAGACGAUAAUCUGCUGUCGUGUAUGCAUUUGAUCAACGUCAUUCAAUAUUUCAAGAAGGUUCAUGUGGAAGUUGUUAAUACUGUUGGGAGAUAUCACGUGCAGAACGUCAUCGGGAUUGCUUGCACGGAGAUGGUCCUCAAUCAAUCGGUCGACUUUGAACAAUUCCUGAAAGUGGCCGAGGAGGACACCAAGAAAUCUAUUUCGUACUGUUAGAAAAUAAAGCAUGGUUGGUGCAAA